UGUUCUUCCCAAGGUAAAGCGGCGUGAUAAGCCUAGAGCAGUCCACCCUUCAACCUUCUAUCGUCUUUCAUCUUCCACUUUUAUCUCAUCAAAGAUUUUUAUGGCAUCAAAAUUGCAACAAUUGCAAUCUAAGGCGUGCCAAGCGUCUAAGUUUUUGGCCAGGAAUGGAACUGCUUACUACAAGCAGUUGCUGGAGGAGAACAAACAAUACAUUCAGGAGCCACCGACAGUUGAGAAGUGCAACGAAUUAUCUAAGCAGCUGUUCUUCACUCGACUUGCUAGUAUCCCUGGCCGUACUGAGUCGUUCUGGAAGGAGCUAGAUUACGUCAAGAACCUGUGGAAGCACAGGUCAGAACUGAAGGUUGAAGAUGCUGGUAUUGCUGCGUUGUUUGGAAUGGAAUGCUUUGCAUGGUUUUGCGCUGGUGAAAUAAUGGGAAGGGGUUUUACUUUCACCGGUUACUACCCCUAAUGGGUAAUCAUUUAGUGGAAGGCAUUUCAGGGAUUUUCAUGUAUUUGUAUGCUUUUUAUCAUCGUUUGCACGAUUGGAUUGCGGCCAUUAUAGAUGCAUAUUUUUCUUGUUUUCGAUGAAGUUUUUGAAGCUGAGAAAUCACUGAUUAACUCGAUAGCCUGAAUAAUUUUUGUAGUCGAUAUGGCUUAAGCUUGGCAAGUCAGUUACUGUUGUGUUAUCCGGUUAUUUUAACAAAAUUUUAUGCACCCUACCCCACUACAAGUUUAAUGAUAAUGGUGCAAAUUAAUCUUUUCU